AAGAACCACAUUCUUUACAAUCAAGUUCAAGACUUGCAAGGUAGAGUCCUUGUAAGGAAAUGUGGGUGCAGGAACAUAUGCUAAUUGAAGCCAACAAUGCGUUGAAAAGGAAGGUACAAAUUCUCAAAUGAACCUGGUCUUUUAUUUUAGAUUGACAUCCUGUGUUAUAGAAAGAAACCUAUUGAAAGGGAUCAUUGCUGAUGAAAAUACUGCUGCACAUGAUUUUGCCACUCUUGGUGUUGUCAAUGUCAGAUACUGUGGGUAUAUAGCUGUGGUUAAACUUGAAGGGAAAGAAAGUAGCAAAAUGGAUACUCAUUUUCAAAGCAUUGAACUUCUUGAUCAGCCUGAAGGUGGUGCCAAUGCCCUUAAUAUUAACAGUUGAGGAAAUCUUACCAUUGGGUGGAUUAUUGGAUUGCGUUGACAAUUGAGAAUUGCUUGGCGCCUUAGGAACUCAUUAUUCAUGGAUCUAGCCAAGGUUUUAUUUUGUUUAUUUAUUUAUUUUGUAGAGAAUGAGGAAAUUAUGUUAGUCCAAAAAGAAUUUGUAAUAUUUCUUUUUCUUUUGUUUGAAAUUUUUGUGAGAUGGGAACUUGGAGCGUGCUGGAUACAGCAUUUGCAGGAUCAAAACAACACAGAGAAAGAUAAGAAACCAUCUACUGCAAAGACAAAAAAUGAGAUGAAGGUCGAGGGACUUGGUACUCCUCUUAGAUCUCUUAAGAACAAUAAGAAAAAUUUAGAUGGCAACAAUCUGAAAAUGCAGUCUGAGAAAUCAAAAACCCCUGCAGAGUCUGUUAUUGGGGAAGCUGAAAAUUCUACACUGUCCUCAACAAAACCUCAGCUUGAAGCUAAUGCAAAUGAAAAUGAACUUGCACUGAAGAGGAUGUUGUCUGAUGCAGCUUUUGCCCGGCUUAAACAAUCUGAAACUGGACUCCACCGCAAGGUAA